AUGGCCGACCUCGCUACAGUCGCCAAGCAAUUCACAGAUUUCUAUUAUAACACCUUUGACACCAACCGCCCCGCAUUGGCUUCUCUCUAUCGUCCAGAGUCUAUGUUGACCUGGGAGAACAACCAGAUUCUGGGUGUUACUAAUAUUGUUGAAAAGCUUGUCUCUUUGCCCUUUGAAAAGGUGGCUCAUAAGGUCGAGACAUGCGAUGCUCAGCCCUCCAAUCCGGCUGUUUCUAGUAUUAUAGUACUCGUUACGGGGCUUUUGCGGGUUGACGAUGGCGAACAGCCUCUGCCAUUCACUCAGACCUUCCAGCUGAUCCCCGAUGCCGGUACUUAUUAUGUAUACAACGACAUCUUCCGUCUCAAUCUCGGCGGCUAG